AUGCUUCAAUACGACAAGAUUCUGAAACUCGCCCUGGUGCCGUCAAUUGCCUUCCUCCUCAUAUCCGUCGUCUCGGUGGCAUUGACGACGCAUUACUGGAUCCUUACAGAUUGGGUCAUACCACGCGGUCUCAAAGUAGUAACAAGCAAUUUCAACGACCGACUGCAACAGUACGAGACAGACGACACAAUCGUUUACUUCAAGGAGGCCUCGACAGAUGCGACUAUCGUUUCUGGAUGUCUGAACUUGACGGCGGCUGUUGUGGCUCUUAUUGCCUGGAGUACGUUGCGCAAACCAGAUAUGGACUCGCAGUACAACAUUAGCACACGUCGCUUUUGGAUGCUUAGUAUUGUUGUUACCACUCUUGCUGGAUCUGCAACUGCUCUUUCCGCCGUCGUGCUUCACUAUACCGAACGAGGCGACGACCAGUGGGGCUGCAGUUCCGAGAGGUUGAUGAUGAGUGGCAAACUGAACACGAAUCAGUACUGCACACGCGAGAUGGCAGCUUGCAACUAUCAACCAGGCUUCGUGCCAAGGGGAGAUCGCGAGAAUACCAGCAUAGCUUGCACCGAAGCGGUAACUGUGAAAUGGUUACAGAUCGUCAUGAUCGUGAAUGCUCUAAUAAUACUGGUGAUGUUCUCCUUCCAAGCACGCCUCCGAAGGAAGUCACGGGAAGCACGAUUGAACGAACCGGUAUCGGAGGAAAAGACGGCACCAUGA